ACUUGUCUAGUCCAGACUCAAUUAUUUACAGACCGCCGUCAUAUAGCUGGAAUAUUGCUGAGUGCGGCGUUAAACAAACAUUCAACAAAUCAGCGUUAUGGUCUGUUUCAGCACCAGUAUUUAGCAGAGUCGUGGUCUGUGUCAGUAUUUUGUAUCGAGUUUAGGUAUUUUUGACAGCUAAAACUACAACGCUUUUAUUAAAACUAAUAGCCUGAAUUUUUUUCAGAAAAACACCUUGCAGUAAUGUGACAGUCUGAAGCAUAAUUGUUGUUUUCAAGGAAACUGUCCGACCUCCCACCCCGAAGCCAGAUCACACCUCUCCCGUUCUCUUUGCGGUCUUCAGCGGCUAUGUAUUGUCAAGGAGAAUACUAGUAUAAUCACACUCCAUCUGCACUGACCCGUCUGCACCCUGAGUGACCUGUGAAUUAGAGCACGGCGACUUGUACCUGUCAACCUCUAGACAUCGUCCCCGUCUAUCGUCUGCCCGCUCUCACUUGGUGACCAGACGAAAUCUACGACUUCUCCCCCUUGAAGCUCAAACACUCGUCAGUGUUGAUAUUCACAACGAGCAGUAUGUCGACUAAACUGGAUAAAGACGACGUGAGGGCCGCCUACGAAGACGUGAGAGAUGAUACAUCGGCCACCUUGUGGGCUGUGUUCAAAUAUGAAGGAAAUACAAUUCAGAAGAGCGCAAUUGGGAAUGAUUACGACGAAUUUCAAUCACAAUUUGGGGAUGAAGAAAGGGCCUUUGGUUUUAUACGUAUAACCACGGGCGACGAAUUGAGCAAACGAUCAAAAUUUGCUCUUGUCACGUGGGCCGGUUCUCAUUUAUCAGCAUUAAAGCGAGCGAGGCUGAGCACCGACAAGUCCCUUAUAAAACAAGUCAUCCAAAACUUUGCCGUGGAGAUCAUGACGUCAGAACAGGAUGAAAUCAAAAUAGAGUAUAUCACGGACGAGGUGAAGAAAGCAGGUGGCGCCAACUAUGGAACCGGCAAAUGAUGACAAAGAACUUAGUCCGUUGUGCAGUUGAACAGUGCUGACUAUCUUAAACGUGAAUCACCAGGGUUGAAACUGUGGAUUAUGAGUAGAGAUCUUAAAGGACUGGAAUGGUGCAACGUCUUUGAUAGUUGUCCUUCUGUGCUCUGAUGAUUCUGGGAAUAUGUGUUCUGUGGCAACGGAAUCGAGAAUUGGGGGACAGUUUUUGAAGAGGCCGCAUCUGGAUCCACUUCUCCACAUCUUAAACUCUCAAGAUUCACUUUCAUUUUCUCUUAAAAAAUUUCUGUAAUAUUUUCACUUUUGUGAAGUAAUGUGGUUUCAAACGUUGUGUGAAUGCUACACAUCACUGAAGUGCCUUCCUACAAACUACUUUGUGUUGUAUUGUAAACCCAGAUUAACUUGUAGAUUUAAUUUUCGUAUACAGUUUGUAAUGUUACUUUGUAUAACCAAGGAGAAGAAGGAUUAUCACCAUCGUGCAAUUUUGAGCUAUUUUGACAUUGCAAUAUUUACACGAAGAUCACCUUCACCUUCAUGCAAUCACAUCAUGUGUUCAGACAUGACCCGGAAGAUGCAGAGGGCUGCUGUUACAGUGAACUGUAACCUCUUACAACCACAAUGGUAUUGAUUCACAAAAAAUUCACACAUACACCAUUAACUACAUCAGAUAUGGCUUGAAAACUAUGCCAAAGUACUAUGGAUGGAUGACGAAUGGUAUGAAUCUUUAUUUUUAAUAGAUGAAAGCUCGCUGACUUGGUUGAUGCAUGUCAUCGUAUCCCUAUUGCGUUUAUCGAUGCUCAUGAUGUCAAUCACUGGAUUGUCUGGCCAGACUCGAUUAUUUACAGACCGCCCUCAUAUAGCUGGAAUAUUGCUGAGUGCGGCCUAAAACAACAAAGUAACAAACAAACAUCAGGGGCACGGAUGGCCCAAUCUAAAUCAAAGGCGGCACAAUUCGCUGUGCAGAGUUGCGGCCAUGGCAGUACGCAUGCCAGAAACCUAGGAUCGUGGGUUCGGAGACAUGAUUCGACCCGAUUAUUGUUCUGGGUUUGUUAGCGCCACAAUAUUGCUCGUGGGUUUCACCAAAGUGAUAAACGUCUAAUACCUGCAUCACAUCAGGCUGACAAAGCGACAAACGUCAAGCGACGUUUUACCCAAACCAACCCUGGGCAACUCAUAUCUGAUCAUUCCCCUCGUUACCAAUGAUGCGCACAAACUUUCAACGCCAUCUGUCAACUUUCAGCUAAAUAAAGGUUUUGACUUUCAGCAAUUUCCUCAUCACAGCUAUUUACUCACUUCAUUGUGCCCAUUCUGUAGGCUGCACAAGAAUGUGUAGCCGCGGUGUCCUACUAUUUGCUUUGGGUUCCAAAUAUGUACAAAAGAUAAGUUAAAACUGUGGGACAAAGGGAAUGACAGGAACGAACAAAAUCAAAAUGUUUGUUGAAGAUCAAAGAAAGUGUUUUAUUUCUUCAUGAUCACAGCACCUUUGAACAUCUGAUUAUCUGUAUUUGAAACGGUGUUGUAUAACGUCAAAGAUUUAUUCCAUAAUGAUGCAUUCCCUUUGUAUUCCAUGGAUGCUAAAGUCAAAAUUGCAGCCAGGGGCUAACAGGAAGAAAGCACCGAUUGUCUUUAAGGGGGUCACUUCCGUCACGCAGUCUUAUCUCGGAUUCUCAGCGUCUGACUCAAGGUCAAGUUCAAUGAGUUCAUGUACAGCGCCGUUAUUCUGAUUAUUACGAUAUUCUGAUGUGUGCAAUUCACAAAUGUUAUGAAUUAACAUUUAUUGAUACGGUUUUACCCAUGUUUUGUUUCUAUUUAUUUAUAUUCUAAUAGCAAUACCAUUUAUUCAGAUUACAGAUACCUACUUUUUUAAUGCAGCAGUUGUUCUCGAAUGUCAUGUCAAAAUGUAUUUUCUAUCGGUUCAUCAUGUGCCGUUUCAUUAACCCACGAUGUAGUCCGAUAUAUACAGCUCACCAUGUUUCCAACUGCAGAACAAACAAUCAAAAUGGCGAAACAAAAUCAAUUUUUGUUAUUUACUUCAAACUUGAUUUCAAAAUUACCAAUUCAGAAAGGUGAUGUGUGUCGUAUGUAUUAUCUCAACAACGGUGGUUGAAUCGUGUUACUUGUUCCAAAUUUCAACGUUUGAUUAUGGUUUUUCCCCAAACGCAAUAUAAAGUUUAGCACAAAAUGGAUCAUGUCCGAUAUUAUGCAAUAUAGUGGUAACGUAUGUCAGUCUCUGCCGUUAUACAAUGCGGUAAACGGUUAUAACGAACUGAAAGGGACCACUAAUUUUAGUGCGUUAUAACCGUAGUUGGUAAUAAACAUCUCUACAGAAUAUAUACAGCAGAUGACUUGGACGAUACUAACAGUUCGUUUUAAGAGUGUUCGUUAUAAACGUUGUUUACUGUAUGUAAAAGGCUGAAAAUAGAAACACUUGGUUGCCAUGCAGUGAGUAUUGAAUGGUGCAUUUGUUUUUCAUUCGUUGUCUCAAAAACAUAAGUAUAUAGCUAAUAAAGGUAUUUUACUUAUGUGGACAAUGGCUGAGAACCAGGAAUAUUUCUUUGGGCCUUAACUGUGUGAUACAGGGUUAUAUAUCAGACUCUACAGCUCACUGUUGUAUUUUACGAAAUAAAUUAUUUUUACAAGUUUA